UGCCAGUUACGUUAAGGAGGAGACACAAUAAUGGAAGAAGACAAUGCCCAACUCAAAAAUGUUGCUCAGACUAGUGAAAAUGGCAUCGACAACCAGGCUUUUGAAAUAGAGGAGGAGAGCACUGCUGACACUGACAGUGUCAAAAGUCAGCCAAAAAAAUCUAAAAAGGGAUUAGGAUCAUAUCUGAGUUAUGUGUCCAAGCCACUUAAUGCCACAGAGAAUUAUGUCAAGGCUCACUCAAAACCCCUCAAAUACAUUGUCCUGGGCGUACUUGGAGCAGGAUAUGUGGCGUACUUCAUCGCAGCUUGUGUGCUGGAUUUCCAAAGGGCCACUGCCCUCGUGGUCCUCACCUGUUUGGCAGUUGCUGCCAAAUCCUAUGAACUCAUCAAGAAGUACCUGGGGAAAAAGAUCAGUCGGUGUUUCAAGCCCGCAGUCAGAUGCUUUAAAUCCAACUUGAAAUGGCUAAAAUGGGUUUUCAUUGCAAUAGUGUUUAUCCUGCUUGUGUUGUGGCUUGUAUUAGAUACGAGCAAUCGUCCCGAGCAGCUUAUCUCCUUCGGGGGUGUGUGCAUGUUUAUUGCGCUGUUAUACCUGUUCUCGGCACACAGGGCAAUGGUAUCAUGGAGACCAGUGCUUUGGGGUCUGGGGUUGCAGUUCUGUAUCGGCCUUUUUGUUAUAAGAACACAACCAGGACUUGUUGCUUUUGACUGGCUCGGAAAACAAGUGCAGGUUUUCCUGGACUACACUAAAGCAGGGUCAGAGUUUGUUUUUGGUGACCUGCAUGUURACAUUUUUGCUUUCCAAGCCCUGCCCAUUGUUGUGUUCUUCAGCAGCGUGAUGUCGGUCCUCUACUUUCUAGGAGUCAUGCAGUGGCUCAUUUUGAAGAUCUCAUGGGUUAUGCAGAUAACGAUGGGAACCUCUCCCACUGAGACCUUGAGUGUGGCAGGCAAUAUAUUUGUUGGGCAGACUGAAGCUCCGCUGUUGAUUCGCCCAUAUUUGAAGGACAUGACCAAAUCUGAGAUCCAUGCUGUUAUGACGGGUGGAUUUGCCACCAUAGCAGGCAGUGUUAUGGGAGCGUUCAUCUCAUUCGGGAUUGAUGCAUCUUCCUUGAUAUCAGCCUCUGUUAUGGCCGCUCCUUGUGCUUUGGCCAUCUCCAAGCUGUCUUACCCUGAGACUGAGGAGAGCCACUUUACUUCAGACAAAAAUAUCAAAGUGGCUUGUGGAGAUGAACAGAACAUUUUGGAGGCUGCAAGCAGUGGUGCAUCUGCUUCUAUAGGUCUUGUUGCUAACAUUGCUGCUAAUCUGAUUGCAUUUCUGGCUAUACUUGCAUUCAUAAAUCAGGCAUUGAGUUGGCUUGGUGGUAUGGUGGGCUAUUCUGACCUCACUUUUCAGAUAAUCUGCUCCUAUGUGUUCAUGCCUGUGGCCUUCAUGAUGGGAAUACCAUAUGAUGAGAGUUUUACCGUGGCCGAGCUCAUUGGCACAAAGCUCUUCGUCAACGAGUUUGUGGCUUACCAGAGGUUGUCUGACCUCAAAACCAACAGACUUAAUGGACUUGAUGAAGUAAUAGGAGGUGAAAGAAAGUGGAUAUCUGUCCGAUCAGAAACAAUCACAACAUACGCUCUGUGUGGGUUUGCCAAUUUCAGCUCACUGGGAAUUGUGAUUGGAGGCCUGUCUUCUAUAUGUCCACCAAAAAGAGGUGACAUCUCGUCUCUGGUGCUGAGAGCAAUGAUCACCGGGACGUGUGUCUCUCUUGUCAAUGCAUGCAUUGCUGGACUUCUCUUUGUUCCUCCACUUGACUGUGUACAGAUUUUUAAGGUAUCUGCCUUCAAUGCCACUGAUGGAAACAUCCAAAAAUGCUGCCAAGACUUAUUUGAAAGCACUGUCAACAACGGGACCAUCUGGUUUGAAGGAUCGUGGAGUUCGGUCCCAAAUGUCACAAUGUUUUUCUCCAAAUGUUGUCAGUGUUGUGGCCUUUUGGAUGUGCCUGUUUGUAUGUAGCAACAAACCGUCUCCAAUGUCUUAUAACCAAACAAACCUGUUGGGUUAUGAGCCAUAAGCUUGAUGAAGCCUCACAUUUUUAUGAGGAGGCAAAUGUCCCAAUAAUGACGGAUAUUAUUUUAUAUUAAAAUUUAUUGUGCCAGCAAAUAACAUACAAUUGAAGCAAAAUGGCAUAACACAAACAUUUUAAGUCAUGCCUGUGUCAUACAGAUUCACCAAGACAUGUCAAUGUCAUUUUUUACAAUAUAACGAACAUUUAAUACCAUGCGUUAUGAGGAUAAAUAAGUGUUUCUUCACAGCAGAGUGGUUUGAGCCAUCACCUCCAGUCUGGGGGCAUGUUCUUUCUGUGCACACAUGGGUUUUCUCUAGGUACUCCAGUUUCCAUAGCAUGCAUUUUAAGUUCACUGGUAACGUUUAAGUGUCCCUUGGUGUGGGUGAGUGUGUGGAUGGUUGUUUGUCUCGUGUGUCUCUAUGUGUCUGUGAUGGACUUGUGACCUGUCCCCACCUCUUUCACAAUGACUGAAAAAUGGCACCAGCUCAUUUUGAAAGGAAAAGAAAAUGAAUAGUGGAUUUUAUUGAAGAGGCACACAUACAAUCAAUUGGGUUCCAUGAACAUUUAAUUACAAACUAAGGUUUCUUUCCACAAGGCCCAGAGUUUUAAACAUCUGUACACAGUAUUUGUAUCACAUUUAAUGUAAAUUUAAUGUACAAGUGUUUGUCUUUUAAAAGAUUACGUCCUGUGUAUUAUAUGGUUCAAUAAUUUAAUUUAUUUAAUGCCAGUGAUUCACUGUGAGAAAUAUAACUUGUGAAAUAUUCCAUCAUGAGAGCUUUGGUGAAUGUAAAUGUUUUCAGUUUAAUAAAAAAACUCUGAUGUCUAUGAA